AUGACAUCUCAACAGGAUGCAUCAGGUCCAAAUGACUUCAUCAGUGAAUUCAUCAUCAACUACAUGUCAUAUCUACCUGAUGAUUUAAUCCUCAAUAUCUUAGAUCAACUUGAUGAAGAGUAUAUCAAUGAAGUUUUCUUAUUUUUACAACCGUUAAAUCAAGCCAUUAUCUCCCAUUAUCAUGGUAAAAGACUUAACUUUGUCUUAGCCCCAAGUUCAAGAAAUCAAACUCCACUAUCACAAACUAGAAAAAUGAAUCUUAUCACUUAUUACCCCUUAUCUUCUAUUGAAGAAUUCUUACAAAAUCAUCCUCAUAUAAAUACUCACACAUUAACAUUAUCAGCAGCAUCUGAAUUCUAUUCAUUAAGAGAUUUAAUGAUCAAGUAUAGACAUCGAUUUAGUAAUGAGAUCCAGAAUAUUGAAAUUUAUAUUGAGAAAUUCGAAUUAUCAAUCGAAGAUUUUUCAUUCUUAUUAUCAUUCCCAAAUAUAUCCCGCUUAUAUUUCGCUCGAGUUUCAUGUCUUGAUUAUCUUACUUAUGAACCGAUUUUCAAUCAUUUACCAAUCGAUUAUACUUCAUUAAAGGAGAUAAUAUUAUUAGGGAGUUCAGUUAAUGAUUGGUCUCAAGUUGAAUUCCCUUCUUCAGUAAAACAUCUUGAUAUUUCUUGGAAUGAUGUGUUAAAUCCAAUCACUAUCAAUAUACCGUCAUCAGUUGAAGAAUUAUAUUUAAAUUCAAUCAAUAUAACUAAUGAAGUGAUUCAUCGACUUAUAUUUCCUCAAACCUUAAAGAACUUAACCCUAACGAAUAAUGAUUUUUCUCAAUUCUUAAUAUCAAAAUUACCUCGAAAAUUGAAUAAACUUGAUAUUUCGACAAAUAAUAUAGAUACAUUCAACGUUAUCAAUGGAAUAGGAUGGCCUACUACUUUAUCGGCAUUAUUAAUGGCCAAUUGUCAUAUCAACGAUACCAAAUUAAAACAAUUGAGUAUGAUUGAUUGGCCUCAAGAUUUGAAUGAUUUAGUAUUGAAUAAUAACUCCAUUGAAAGUUUUGAAUAUUUACAAACUCUACCUGAUACAUUAAUUCAAUUGAAUUUACAAUUCACCAAUUUAACAACGUUUAAAGUCAAUCACGAUCUGGAAUUUUUCCAAUUCCCCAUGAAUUUAAAAGUAUUAAAAUUAGCUGGGACAAAAUUCUGGUAUCAGAAUUUAAAAGCGGAUACUUAUGCUCAACAUCAUCGAAUUGUGUUCCCGCCAAAUUUAGUCGAGUUGGAUUUAAGUGAAUGUAAGAUUGAUGCUUUACAAUAUUUCGAAUUCCCAGAAUCUUUGACAACGUUAUAUUUGGCUCAUAAUAAAAUCGAUGAUAUAUGUACUUAUAAUUCAGUUGAUGGUAGUAUAAACUGGAAGCAAUUGAGUAGUUUAAAGUCAGUUGAUUUUAUGAAUAAUUUAAUUAACGAUAAAUCUUUACAACAAUGGAUACCACCCGCUAAUUUACAAUCGGUUGAUUUUCAAGGUAAUUCAAGACUUCAUUUCUUAAGUAAUGAAUUACCUAUAUUUAAUGAGAAAUAUUCAGCAAACACAUCUAAUCUUAAAUCGAUCAAUUUCAUGUCUUCGUCAAUUAGGAAAUUUAAUCCUAAUAUCAUCUUACCUAUAAAUUUAGUCAAAUUAUCAUUAUCAUCAGGUCAAUUGAAUAAAUUCCACGUCAGUGAAAAUCUCGCCUCUCAUCCUAAUUUAAAGGAAUUGGAUUUAAGUUAUUGUGAUUUAACCAGUAUCACAUUCGAAAAAGAAAUGGGUCAUUCAAACUUAUCGUCGAUUGAUUUAAGUCAUAAUUUGUUAUUAAGCGAAUAUGAAAGAGCUGAAAAAGUUAAACAAGUUGCUCAAUUUUAUGAGCGGUUACAAAAUGGGUUUGGUAAAAGAGUUAAAACUCGUAGACAUAAUAUAAAUAGUAAACUUGAAUUUAUAGAUUAA